AGAGGCGGGCUGGUCGACGGCAUUCGGAGGAAGAAGUACCGCCUUCUCCACCAGAUUCCGCCCGUUCCCGCUGUAAACCCCGCCCCCCAAGGAGAAUCCGACGUAUCAUAGGGGGCAGACCUCUGGAGAGGCGGGAGGCCCGCAGGAACAUGCAGAGAAAAUAUCAGAUGGGGCUGAAGACAGGAACAGAGGUCAGGCACUGGAGAUCAUUGGCCCCUAUGUAGCUCAGCUUGCAGUUAAAGGAGAGGAAAACGAAGACAGAAACAAGGACCAAGUAUCCUUUUGAAGCAUGCUCCCUGUUCCUUCUCCAGAGACCUCAUUAAUGGUGUUUAGCUGGCAAGUGGCUUCAAAGGCAGAGGGAAGUCACAGCCGGAGCCCAAAAGCAGCCUCUUCCUGGCAGUGAAGCACUACCCCCAGUGGGCAGAGGGCAGAGGGGCCCUAGACACUUCAAGUGCCCCAACCCGGCCACAAAACCAUGAGCCAGGACAGCAAAGUGAAGACAACAGAGUCCAGUCCCCCUGCCCCCUCCAAAACCAGGAAGAGACUGCCUGUCCUGGAUCCAUCUGGGGAUUACUACUACUGGUGGCUGAACACGAUGGUCUUCCCAGUCAUGUAUAACCUCAUCAUCAUCGUGUGCAGAGCCUGCUUUCCAGACUUGCAGCAUGGUUAUCUGGUGGCCUGGUUUGUGCUGGACUACACCAGUGACCUGCUGUACCUACUGGACAUGGUGGUGCACUUCCACACAGGAUUCUUAGAACAGGGCAUCCUCGUGGUGGACAAAGGUAGCAUCGCCAGUCGCUACAUUCGCACAUGGAGCUUUGUGUUGGACCUGGCUUCCUUGAUGCCCACUGACCUGGUCUACGUGCAGCUAGGCCCACACAUACCCAUGCUGAGGCUGAAUCGCUUCCUUCGAGUGCCCCGCCUCUUCGAGGCCUUCGACCGAACAGAGACCCGCACAGCUUACCCAAAUGCCUUUCGCAUCGCCAAGCUAAUGCUCUACAUCUUUGUUGUCAUCCACUGGAACAGCUGCCUGUACUUUGCCCUGUCCCGGUACCUGGGCUUCGGGCGUGAUGCCUGGGUAUACCCAGACCCAGCACAGCCUGGCUUUGAGCGUCUGCGGCGCCAGUACCUCUACAGCUUUUAUUUCUCCACCCUGAUCCUGACUACUGUGGGUGACACGCCACUGCCAGCCCGGGAGGAAGAAUACCUCUUCAUGGUGGGUGACUUCCUGCUGGCCGUCAUGGGUUUUGCCACCAUCAUGGGUAGCAUGAGCUCUGUCAUCUACAACAUGAACACCGCAGAUGCGGCUUUCUACCCAGAUCACGCGCUGGUGAAAAAGUACAUGAAGCAACAACACGUCAACCGCAGACUGGAGCGGCGAGUUAUUGACUGGUACCAGCAUCUGCAGAUCAACAAGAAGAUGACCAAUGAGGUAGCCAUUUUACAACACCUGCCUGAGCGACUGCGGGCAGAGGUUGCUGUCUCGGUGCAUCUGUCUACUCUGAGCCGGGUACAGAUCUUCCAGAAUUGUGAGGCAAGCCUGCUGGAGGAGCUGGUGCUGAAGCUGCAACCCCAGACCUACUCACCUGGUGAAUACGUAUGCCGCAAGGGGGACAUUGGCCGAGAGAUGUACAUUAUCCGCGAGGGUCAGCUGGCUGUGGUGGCAGACGACGGUAUCACACAGUAUGCUGUGCUUGGUGCAGGACUGUACUUUGGGGAGAUCAGCAUCAUAAAUAUCAAAGGGAACAUGUCUGGGAACCGCCGCACAGCCAACAUCAAGAGCCUAGGUUACUCAGACCUGUUUUGCCUAAGCAAAGAGGACCUGCGGGAGGUGCUCAGCGAAUAUCCAAAGGCCCAGGUUGUCAUGGAGGAGAAGGGCCGUGAGAUCCUGCUCAAAAUGAACAAACUGGACGUGAACGCCGAGGCAGCUGAAAUUGCCCUGCAGGAGGCCACAGAGUCCCGACUGAGAGGCCUUGACGAGCAGCUUGAUGAUCUGCAGACCAAGUUUGCUCGCCUACUGGCUGAGCUGGAGUCCAGUGCACUCAAGAUUGCCUACCGAAUAGAAAGACUCGAGUGGCAGACUCGAGAGUGGCCAGUGCCUGAAGACCUGGCCGAGGCUGAUGAUGAAAGCGAGUCUGGGGAGGGAACUUCCAAGAAUAGAGGGGGAAGAACUAGCCAAGGGGGACCCCCAGGCCCAGAAUGACCCCAUCCUGUUCCCAGGACUCCCACCUCCAAGUGAAUCCAGAGUUGUAGGGAAGAUUGCCUGCAGAAACUGUGCUAUUCAGCUUGCUAUAUCAGAGAGACAGGAAUGAACUGGUCUGUAGGUGCCCAGCUAGAGAUGUGGGAGUAUAGCACACAUUCAUCUCCCCACUUAGCAGUACACACACACACACACACACACAAUUAUACAUGCUGGCCAAGACUGUAUUCUACAUAAAAAGCCCUGCAAUCCCCAUUCUCAAAGCACACAUGCUUUCUCAAAAGCAUGGAUAUGACUUAUACGCGCAUAAUAUAUGCACAUUCAGUAAUGCGCCUUCUAAACAUGUGCUAACAGUCAUACACCAAUAGUGCACAUGCCUAUGAAAACACAAAAACACACCCUUGGUCCAAGAUAUCCUUUGACUAUUUCCAGAUUGGUGGUUUGCAAGUGUACCCUACAAAUUGCAUUUCAAUAAAGUAUCUGCCUCCUCACUGAGCAUUUAUGGGGCUACAAAGAAAAAAAUCAGUGAGGGGCCAGGCUGAAUUGUGGCUGAAUUCUGAGUCACAGAGUGAGGGGCAUGAGGUAUGUAAUACUUGCUAGGUUGAAUUCCAAGCGGUUGGGUACCUGAAGAAUGGGGAACCAGUACUGAGCCGGAGUGAAGCAGUCUUGUGUGUGACACUGCUCUAAGUGUGUAUGUGCUUCCACAGAUGUAUUCACAUGCACACACCGGCCGUUGCAUAGCACACCAUGGUGUAUGUCCUCCGCUUUGUGAACAUGGAGGCAUUUGAUCUAGUUGAGUGAGCCAGAGCAGGUAGCUUUACUUCUGCUCUUUCCUGUGCUGCUGUAUAACCUACCAGUUGCUGGAGCUGACCUUGGUGCUGGCAGAAAUCCAACCUCCUGCAUGGUAUUGCAAGACAGGAUACAGAGUAGAGAUUAAGUAGAGUGGAGUAUCAGGGAUAGGGACAAGUAAAGAUGAGCGGGUUUGGAAUAAUUUGGUGUAGUUUGAAGGAGGUCUGCUGGUUUGGGAUAGGGAAAUCUGAUGUCAUUUCUGAAUCACAUGCACAUUUCAGCUCCUCUAUGACAUGGCCAGUCUUCAGGUCUGAGCUGUGCCAGUUGGUAUUUUUAAAUGA